AGAGCCCUGAGAGCAGCUCUGAGAUCCUGCUCAUGAUGUGCAGCAGGGCGGGCUCUGAGGGCCCUGCUCAUGAAUACGGAGACACUCCCUCCCCUGGUGAACUUGUGCAGCUCUGUGCAGCCCGGGCCAGCAGUCAGUCAGUCAGUCAGUCAGUCAGUGAGCACAGAGCUCGGCUGCCGCAUGGCCACCGCGUAAACUUUUCUUCAACUUCCAGUGGAAACUGUCGGAUAACGACGCAGAGCAAAGACUCCCGGAGAGCUCCAGGGACCACAAAAAACAGGAAAAGCUCUUCUAUGAAUGUGGAACCUGAGCUCCGCUGAUCAAACUGUUGUUUCCCCACUCGUGCAUGUUUAAAGCAGAGGAGAGCUCUGGUGCCGUGAGUCGGCCAGACGACCAGUAGCCUAACAAACGAGUGGAUCAGCAGUCCGGAGGCAUGACUCUGAGACGGGGCUCAGUGGUCGCUGCCUUUCUCCUCUGCCUUCUCCUCAAGGUGUCAGAGGGAUCGGGACAAUUCGAGCUGCAAAUCUUAUCGAUGCACAACGCCAACGGAGCGCUGCUGAACGGCAUGUGUUGUGAUGGCGCACGGAGCGCGGCGGAGAGGAAAUGUUCCCGGGACGAGUGCGAUUCGUUUUUUAAAGUUUGCCUGAAGGAAUACCAGUCGAGAGUUUCCGCUGCGGGGCCCUGCAGCUUCGGAAUGGGAUCUACGCCCGUCCUCGGAGGGAAUAGCUUUUCUUUCAGGAGCUCUGUGAGGAAUGACAAAUCCAGGAUAGUUUUGCCCUUCAGUUUUGCCUGGCCG